GGUCUGGUUGUUGUGUUUGAGCGGAUUAAAAAAAAAUCCUUAUUAUCCACAUCCGCAUCCCCACAACCACCAUCAUCAAACCAGCGGAGGCAGGGAGCAGAAGAAGAAGAUGGGGUGCUGCUCGGCGCGAUGCAUGUUGAUCCUCCUGUGCUGUUUGCAGCUGAUUACAGUGCUGGAGAGGCAGGUGUUUGACUUUCUGGGCUACCAGUGGGCUCCCAUCAUGAUCAACUUUUUUCACAUCAUCAUGGUCAUCCUCGGCCUGUUUGGUGCAGUCCAGUACAGAUCACGCUACGUUAUAAUGUACCUGCUGUGGACGUUGUUGUGGGUUGGCUGGAAUGUCUUUGUGAGCUGUCUCUACCUGGAUUUGGGAGGGCUUUCAAAGGAUGGUGAUAUUCUGUCCUUCGGUGUAUCCUCACAUCAUUCCUGGUGGAAGGAGAAUGGGCCGGGAUGUGAAAGCGAGAGACUUCCCUCUGCUGGAUGGAAGAACCAGCAAAAUCCAGAGCUUACCACAGUGCUGAGCUGCUGGCUGGAAUACCAGUACAUAGAAAUCCUGCACUGCAUCAUCCAGCUCCUCGUAUCACUCCCGGGAUUUGUUUACGCCUGCUAUGUGGCCAGCACAUUUUCAGAAGAGGAUGACAGCUUUAACUUCAUUGGUGAGUUUCACCAUCCAUCCAAACCCUCUAAGUUGCUUUUCUAGUGUUACAAUCCAUUGAUUAUAAAUAAAAAAAAGUGAAAAGCUGAGAAGGAACUAAGAAGAAGAUCAAACAACUCUGCAGAGUCUGAUAGUGCGUCAUCUCUGACAUGGUCAAUAACACUCACACAGAGAUGCCGAAUCUCACUGUGUACAUUUCUCACACUGUGGCCUGAUUCAAAAGAGGAGUCUCCAGUCUAUUGCAUGUUGAUAUUUUCUAGUUUUAUCCAGUAGUAACGCUACCUCUCAGCAUGUAUGUGAAAGACUGUUUGUAGGUUCGGCUGUCUGACAGAAUACUGUGGUUCUAAAUUUGUACAUAUGCAGCUGGUGUUCUUUCUGAUGUUUCAUAAAAUGUACAAAUUAUUAUUAUGUGUAAUUUCAAUUAGAAGAAGGGAGGACCCCAACGUGUAUAAUGUGUGUCAUCAGUCAGUGGAAUAAACUGUGUCUACAAUUUGCCUUAUAGUGGAUUACUGCUAAUGUUCAUCUAAUGUUUAUUCAUUCAUAUACAGUUUUACCUCCAUUAGUGAAAUGUAAGUACAUUUACUCAAGUACUGUACAUUACUUAAGAUUACAUUUCUUUGUGUGCAA